AUGGGCUCUGCGGCAUGUCACAUCCACACACAUACUCUAGCCAGGGUGAGCUAAGCUGAGCUCCAACAAGCAAGCACACAUUUGGUGGCAGCCAGAGGGCACUUGCUGCAGUACAUUAGAGAUGCAAAGGCCCAGUCUGCAAUGCACUGAUAACAACAUUUAGGCCAGGAUUCCUUAGAUCACUCAGAUUGCCCUUCUUUUACUUAGAUCCUCACUUAGAUCCUGCUUUGAGGAAUGCAAUCUGAACCUCUCAGGUAAGGCAGUUCUUGGUAUCAUUAUUAACACAUUUACUAAAUGUUUAUCACCUUCAACGCCAGAGAUUUGUAGGUUAAGCAAUAUGGACCCACAGUUAGAUGCUAAUAAUGAGAGAAUACAGCAGGAGGAUGCAGUUAUGCAUAACCAUGGUGUCAUUUGAAAGGGAACACGCUUGAGGUUAUGGGGCUAAGUGCUCUGAAGAAAGGGUAGAAUAAGACAGUUAAAACGCUUAUCGGUGACAAAAUCAUGUCUUUGUGAACAACACAACUUUUAAAACGUUUUUUAAUGCUAUUUUCAAAGCUAAUGUUUACCGUAACGCUGCUGUAAAUUACUGCUUAAAAAAAGUUUAAUGUCCUACUUAUAUGUUAAUGUUUUACAAGUGUGUGUUUCUCUCUGCCUGUCCAAGAAAUACGUUCAAGGUGGCCCAAAGCAGCAGUCUCUAAAAUAUAUAGCGAAUUCCAUGAUAUUUGUUGGACAAACAGAAGCUUGGUAUUUCUCAGGACCCUGGCAGUUGGCUGUGUCCCACUAAAUUUCAAAGGGAGGCUAGAAUUCCUUGGUUGGGUAGAGGGAGAGCCACUGAUUUAUUAGCAAAGAUAGAAGAGCUCAGGUCUUGAUGUUUUGAAAAGCCACACACUUUGGGAUCAGAUUUUCUAAGCAGUGUAAUUUCGGAAGAAUAACAAUACAAUAAAAUAGGUAGUACAAAAACUCUAGUCAAUGUUAGGAGAAUGACAAACAUUCUGGUAAAUCUGGCCCUAAACCUUCUACAGCUCUCUAAUGAAGGCUAAGAAGACCAGAGGAAAAUGAACCAUUUGCCUUUAGGACAGUUUCCCUUCCCUGUUGGGUUCUUGUCCUUGGUUGGUUGUUACAAAGAAGAUAUUAUCAUAAAAAAAAUGUUUAGGCCUAUCCUUUUUAGGUCAUUGAGACCAGCAGGAAAACACAGUGUCUUGUAAACAUUUUGGCUGUGAUCAGUGCUUUACUUGAACUGAAAUAGGUGCCUGUACUCAUUUUGGGUGCCGGUACAGUUUAUCUCUAGGUGCAGGAGCUCCACAAUAUUUUUGAGCUAAUAUUCUAUAAGAGGAACAGGAGCUCAAGCAGUAUAACAUUUGAGGUGCCGGUACUCAGCUCUGUUGAGCUCCUGCCCAAGUCAAGAUCUGGCUGUGAUCUCAAAUUUAAAUCCUCAUGUGACCUUAGAUAAUGAGCAAACCAAGUGAAAGCAGAGUUGAGCACACAUAUAGUUAAUGUGUAGCCCUGGCUGUGAUGCUCAUUAACCAGCUAUGUCAUUACACAGCUUAGGAAACCAAAUGUCAACGCAAAUAUUUGUUUAACCAAUCGACAAUUGACUCUAUUUAUGUUUUUCCCCACCUAGAGCAUCUGAUAUUCACAGUCAGUGGCAUUAAUGUAAAACCCAAAUCUGGCCAAAUUAUCAGCAACAUUUAUUUUGGAAUAUGAAUAAAUUCAUAAUGUUAUCAACUCAUUUAUUGGCUAUUGCUUGUACUGAGUGACCACUUCCUUUUUAGUACAUUGGGGCCUGGAACAUAUUUUUUAAAGAGCUUAUAAUCUUCUAUUAUGAUGAGCUGGCCAUACAGCUGCUUAUUUGAGCAGCAGGUGUGGCUAUAUAACAGACUAAUAUCCUCACUAUCUGAACUCAACUCAACAAAAGUGAUUACUCACUUACCCUUCCUCUCUAGUUAGAUAACCUUCUGUGUCUAGCACUGAUUGUUUAAAACUGAUUUGAACUCAAAACAACCUCAAGCCCUUCAGGGUUUAUUGCCAAUGUCUCUGCGCACGUGGAAAGAAAAUCUGUGGUGUUGAAAGCCGCCCAUCUAAUGUGAAAGAAGUAAACAGUCAUUAUGUAUCUUUGCAACUCCCCAAUGGUUGCAUUGAAAGAACAACCUCGUUUUGAGUGUGGUACACUAAAGUAUUUUCCUUCCUUCUAUUCAUAUAGUUUCCUGUGGAAUGGAAGUGAUAAGUAAAGAUCCACCUUUUUCCAUUUGACACUGUAUAUUGAACAUGUUAAUGCAUCCUCUUCAAAACAAUGAAUUGGAUACCCCCCUGAAUAGCUCUGUACGUCGAUGAUGUGGUUAGGAUAUCUCCACAGUGAAACCAGAGAAAAGGCCAUUUGAUUGUACAUGCCAGGCCAUCUGUGCACAUGUAACCCAAUAGACCACUUGCAGCAGUUUCAUCUCAGACAAGACACUCAAAACCAACUAGAAAUCAUGGCUUUUCUAGGAUCACACUGUACGGUAGUAUGUCUAUGAACUCUUUACACCACAUUUAACAGGGGUUUUGUUCCUAUCUGAGCUUUCACUGAGCAGGAUCUCUGCUUAAAUCCAGCACGCCUAAUUCUUGUAAUGGCCUGACUGAUAUAACAAGCCAACUCCAGGCCAGUGCCAAGUGUUGGUGUGGGUAAACGGACACAGUUAGAACAGCUGCAGGGGUCCUGGGGACUGUGAGUGCACAGCUGUGGGGGCAGCAUCACACAUGUGGACAAAGGAUGCACCCAUAGUUUGGCCACCACUAUUCAUUUACAGUUAGUCUGUAACCAACCAUGCUGUUGGUUGAUAUGCCAUGCUUUGACAUGGUCUCUGUUUUUGCUUUCUUUUCUCUUCCUACUGUCUUUUAGACUUCUUGACAGGGAUAGGGAUAUGGCUUUCCAUGUAUGUUUUUAUUUACUUGUGGUAGCUAAGCUGACUUGAUGCUAUAACCUGGAUGUUUUAUGUUUUAGGGAAACAAGGGCAGUUGAUUUGCAAUGUUAUUUUUUGAAUGUGUCCGAAAAUGUCUCAUUUCCCCCAAAUGUAACUUGUUGUCUGCUGAAAACCUUUACUUGCAGAUACAAAUCCCUAUCUCAGUGUUACUAUCUCUGUGUUACUAUCUCUGCACGGAUGUGUUGUUUCCCACUUCAUAUAGCUCUACACUCUUAGAAAAAAGGUUCUAUCUAGAUUCAAAAAUUGUCCUUUGGCUGUCCCCAUAUAAGAACCCUUUGAAGAACCCCUAUUGGUUCUGUGUAUAACCCUUUUGGUUCCAGGUAUAACCCUUUCCAUAGAGGGUUCUACAUGGAACCCAAAAGAGUUCUACCUGGAAACAAAAAAGGUUCUACCCGGAACCAAAAAUAGUUAUCCUAUGGGGACAGCCGCAGAAACCUUUUGGAACCUUUUUUUCUAAGAGUGCAUGGGGCUGUUUUCUCCAGGGUUAAGUGAGAGUGUAAUGUGCAAGAGUAACAUUAGAAUAAAUAAAUUGUGAUUCUGAAAGCACUCAACAAUAUACAUUCUAACUGUGCCUAGCACUGAAAGCUCAGCUGCACUGUGAAAUUGUAGUUACGAUCUUUGUAUUGACUAAGCUCUUAUUUGCAUUUCACUGGCUGUUGAUAGAAUGGAGGGGACAGAAUUUGGGCUUCGAUCUUCCCCUUUCCCAACAGGCUUCCUCUUGGGAGUCCUUGUUUGGUAAAUGGAGGUCUAUGACACUAUCCAAGGAAUCAAUAGGGGGUUUACGGGAAGAGCUUGUGGAAUCAUGCAGAGUGGAGGAAGAGGGUGGAGAGGAUUCCCUGCCCCCCUUUGUGGAAAUUCUCACAACGUUUCCAUUGGAUUCACACUGUGGUCCACGAUCACCCAAAUGUGUUGUCCAGUAGAUCGGAGCUUCCUAAGCAGUUGAACAUAGGACUUGUACUGUAAGGACUGUAAUACAUUUCCUUAAUAGCAUUACAAAAUGACUUCCUCUAGGUAAUAUGCAAUAGGCCUAUGCAAUAUUUUCACCCAGAGUGAGCUAUUCUCACAUUGAUGCUUCUCCUCAUGUUUUUCUCAGUGCUCCCUGGUAUGGGCUGUGGCUCUCACUCACUGUCCAGGCUGGAAAAUGUGACCCAGAGUGGUCCUGCUCAAGUGUUUUUCUCUCACUGUGGUUGUUCAACUGAGCUAGCUGCCUGUGUGUUUCCCUCUAUAGUGUUAGCCUAACAGGAACGCUUUUUUCAUUUAGUGAAGUGCCAAGUACAGCCAAUUCCUAAAAGCCCUCCUAAGAUAUUACUUGAAAUAUUUAAUUCCAAUAUCAUUCAGUCUCAAGUCAUAUAAAGCAUUGCGCAUAAAUAUAUGUCAUAAAUAAAUGGCUCUACAAAUGAUUCAAGCCUGAAAUGUAUUCACGCAGGCCUAUUGUUCCCUGCGGUUGUUAGGAUUCUCUGAAGGACUGGGGGUGAUUUGGAUAAGUUGUGGUCAGUGAGCUAAUGUUGUACAGGACAAUCACAUUAUUGAAUACGUUCCAAAUUAGAUUGUCGGCUCUACUGUUUCUCUCCCUAGUGCUCAUUGUAUUGCACAGUAGUCUACUCUACUACAUAAAUAGAUCAUGAGAAGAUCUCUUUUUUGUCCCUAGCCACCAAAAUAAUUAUUUUGAGGACUGGCAGCCAAAAUGUUUUUAUUUGGGUCUCAAAGGGCAUGUUCACAAUUAUUUGAAAACUCUGAGACAGUAUUAUGAAUGCUGGCAGUUUGUCUGGCAAUUUGUAUAGACACAAAGUAGUGGACAUGUGUUUGCCAGUUUGACAUGGUCUCUGUUAUUCAGUGCAGUCCUGGGUACUAAGCUGACUGCAUCAAAUCCCAUGUCUAAAAAUGGUCAGUAUGAAUUAUUGAAUAUAACAGCUGCAGUAUAGGAUUACAAAACGUCUUUGACAUCUGCUAUUGUCACAGUACAUUAAUCUAUAGACCGUACAUAUCUUAAAGAUACAGUCAUUGGAUUUUUCUUACAGACUGUUGAUUGGAGCACCAAGAGCCAAAGCACUGGCCAACCAGAGAGCCAACAUAACCGGAGGCCUGUACAGUUGUGACAUCACCACCGAAUCCGAUGACUGUGAUCGCAUCGAUUUUGACAAUGAAGGUGAGGUGUAUAUAUAUUGUAAUUGUAAUUAAUAAUUCUAAAGCAAGAAUCAACAUAGCAUCCUGAUUCCUUCUGAUGAAUUCCCACAGAGGAUGUGAGAGUUGAGAACAAGGAGAACCAGUGGAUGGGGGUGACAGUUAACAGCCAGGGCCCUGGAGGGAAGAUUGUGGUAAGUCAGUGUCAGAGGAUAUACUACAUGGCUGGUUUACUGGCCAGGUUCAUAGUGCUUUGUAUAUCUGUCAGGUGGAACUUUGCGUCAGAUCUACAGUAUUCAUUAGCUGAGGAUCUGCCUUACUUGGUGGAUGUUAACCUGAUUCCACUGUCUUGUCAUUGCAGACCUGUGCUCAUCGCUACCAGAGACGUCUGUUUGUGGACACUGCUCAGGAGUCCCGUGACAUCACAGGCCGCUGCUACGUCCUGAGUCAGGACCUCACUAUUGAUACAUCCUCUGAUGAAGACGGAGGGAACUGGAAGUUCUGUGAGGGACGUGCCAGAGGCCAUGAGAGGUUUGGCUCAUGCCAGCAGGGUCUUGCUGCCACGUUCACCAAGGACUACCAUUACGUGGUGUUUGGAGCGCCUGGUGCCUACAACUGGAAAGGUAGGAGUCUGUUCAUAAGGCAUGAACUUAAGUUGUAGUUACCAAACCUAUUUACUUUGAAAAUCAAUGGGUGUACAAUGUAUAGAUUUUAAUGUCAGCUGAAAGAGUCAUGUAGUAAUUGUGACUCACAUUGUCCUCUAGAGGUAAAGAAAGGCAUUGCAACAUACUUCAUCUGACAUUUCCAUACUGUGCUUUAAUACAAUUUUAUUUUCACUUGUAGAAUACAUUCACCCAAUUACAUUUAGCUUGUGUCGUUAUUGUUUUGUUGAGGGUCAUAUUUAAGCCAGCAGCAUUCCAUUGACAUCUUCACCCCUCACUCUCAACCACUCUAGGCAUUGUACGUGUAGAGCAAAAAAACAACACUUUGUUGGAAAAGGGAUUUUAUGAUGAUGGGCCUUAUGAAGUUGGAGAUGAGAACCGCUUGGAUCCUGACCUGGUGCCUGUGCCUGCUAACAGCUACCUAGGUGGGUACAGUAGGUCUGAACCUUGAUUGUGAGAUCCGUGUAUUUUGUGUGCUUAGGUAUCCUGUUCAUGACCAGUUUGUCUGCUGCCAACCCUGAUCAGUUUGUGUAUAAGUCGCCUUCUCUGCAGGUCAGCCCUGAGAGAACUCUAGAUGUGACGACCAAUAGUUACUUAGGUUUGUGACCUUUGAGGUGCCUAAAACAUUAACCAUUCCAUCUCCAUGAUGGCUAACUAGUCAAUGGUUUAUAAUGUGAAUAUUUAGCAUGUCAUAAUUUUAACAUAAUGCUUGAAUGCACUGCAGUUAUUAUUACUGGUAUACUUACAGUACCAGUCAAAAGUUUGGACACACCUACUCAUUCAAGGGUUUUUAUUUAUUUGUACUAUUUUCUACAUUGUAGAAUAAUAGUGAAGACAUCAACACUAUGAAAUAACACAUAUGGAAUCAUGUAGUAACCAAAAAAGUGUUAAACAAGUCAAAAUAUAUUUUAUAUUUGAGAUUCUUCAAAUAGCCACCCUUUGCCUUUAUGACAGCUUUGCACACUCUUGGCAUUCUCUCAACCAGCUUCACCUGCAAUGCUUUUCCAACAGUCUUGAAGGAGUUCCCACAUAUGCUGAGCACUUGUUGGCUGCUUUUCCUUCACUCUGCUGUCCGACUCAUCCCAAACCAUCUCAAUUGGGUUGAGGUCGGGGGAUUGUGGAGGCCAGGUCAUCUGAUGCAGCACUCCAUCACUCUCCUUAUUGCUAAAAUAGCCCUUACACAGCCUGGAGUCCCACUAAGCCUAAACCAGAUGGGAUGGCGUAUUUCCACCGAUCUACUGUCCAUUGCACAUGUUUCUUGGCCCAAGCAGGUCUCUUCUUCUUAUUGGUGUCCUUUAGUAGUGGUUUCUUUGCAGCAAUUCGACCAUGAAGGCCUGAUUCACACAGUCCCCUCUGAACAGUUGAUGUUGAGAUGUGUCUGUGACUAGAACUCUGAAGCAUUUAUUUGGGCUGUAAUUUCUGAGACUGGUAACUCUAAUGAACUUAUCCUCUGCAGCAGAGGUAACUCCAGGUCUUCCAUUCCUGUGGCGGUCCUCAUGAGAGCCAGUUUCAUCAUAGUGCUUGAUGGUUUUUGCGACUGCUCUUGAAGAAACUUUCAAAGUUCUUGAAAUGUUCCGUAUUGACUGACCUUCAUGUCUUAAAGUAAUGAUGGACUGUCGUUUCUCUUUGCUUAUUUGAGCUGUUCCUGCUAUAAUAUGGUAUUUUACCAAAUAGGGCUAUCUUCUGUAUACCCCCCCCCUACCUUGUCACAACACAACUGAUUGGCUCAAAAGCAUUAAGAAGGAAAGAAAUUCCACAAAUUAACUUUUAAGAAGGCACACAUGUUAAUUGAAAUGCAUUCCAGGUGACUACCUCAUGGAGCUGGUUGAGAGAAUGCCAAUAGUGUGCAAAGCUGUCAUCAAGGCAAAGGGUGGCUGUUUAACACUUUUUUGGUUACUACAUGAUUCCAUAUGUGUUAUUUCAUAGUUUUGAUGUCCUCACUAUUAUUCUACAUGUAAAAAAUAGUAAAAAAUAAAGAAAAACCCUUGAAUGAGUAGGUGUGUCCAAACUUUUGACUGGUAGUGUAUGUGUGCAUCAACAUAUGUUUUCUAGGUUGCUUCAAGAUGACAUGACUAGUAUAUUUAUUAGUGUUUUUCUUUACAUCCCAAAUUCACUCAUUUAUCCAUGAAAGAUGCAUGAUCUGUAUUAUGCACAGUGUAAGAGAUAUACCUUGAUUCCUCUUAUUUCAUGUUGCAGGAUUUUCCCUUGAUUCUGGCUAUAGCAUCACCAAGGGGCGUGGCCUAACUAUUGUGUCUGGGGCACCACGAGCCAAUCACUGUGGGGCUGUGGUCCUGUUGCGAAAAGAGAAUGAAGCGUCAGCAAGACUCUCCCCAGAGUACAUUCUAGAAGGGCCUGGACUGGCAUCUUCUUUUGGAUAUGAUGUAACUGUGGUCGACCUGAAUGGAGAUGGGUAUGUCACACAAGUUCACUUCUACUUUUCCAGUUUUGGCUUAUCCAUACAUUAUGUUAUCAAACCUACAUGGAUAUUGUAACUUAUGCUUCAAAUGUUUUUUGUUUUGUUUUUUUGCAUCCCAGGUGGCAGGAUAUUGUUGUGGGAGCCCCUCAGUUCUUCAUGAAAGAGGGAGACGUUGGAGGAGCUGUUUAUGUCUACAUCAACCAGGCAGGAAAGUGGGCCAAGAUCACCCCAAUCCGCCUCAAUGGAACCAAAGACUCAAUGUUUGGGCUGGCAGUGGAGAACAUCGGUGACAUCAAUCAGGACUCCUAUCAAGGUGGGAACCUGGUAUCUGUUCUUGUUUCUGGCCUUUUCUUUUCUUUUUUCCAUCAAAUUCCAUAGCUAAAUGGCUUCUCUUUUACAGACAUUGCUGUUGGAGCGCCCUACGCUGAUGCCGGGGCAGGAAAAGUGUACAUUUACCAUGGUUCUGCUAAUGGAAUCAACACCAUGCCUGCACAGGUUGGUUUUGCAGUGUUAUAUUGGUUAAGGAUAUGCUUGUUGACAUAGUGAAAUGACAUCACUGCUGCAUCCUAUUUUUAUUUGUAAUUUCAGAUCCUUGAAGGAAAGCCCAACAACAUCAGAUUAUUUGGAUAUUCUCUGGCUGGGAACAUGGACUUAGAUAAGAAUUCCUAUCCUGAUAUAGCCAUUGGGUCGCUCUCAGAUACAGUACUCGUUUACAGGUAAUGAUCCUGUUAGGCUAUCUAUAACAAUCCAGUUUCGACCUCACAAAUUAAUGUCAAGAUAACACAUAACAACUCACAUAACAUCUAUUGUUUUAGGGCAAGGCCAAUUAUUAGUAUCAAGAAGGAUGUCAAAAUUACUCCAAAGGAAAUUGACUUCACAAAAAAAACUUGUGGCAACAGUAUCUGGUAAGGUGUUGAUGGGAUUUGAUGACUACUCAUGUUUGAAAAUAUGUCUGACAUCUUUAUACUUCUCUAGAUUUGUUUGCCAAUUUAAUUGAAUAAUAUCCAUUUGUUGUCCAUAGUUUGACCGUGGAGGCAUGCUUCACCUAUAAAGCCAACCCUGCAUCAUACAGCCCAAAACUAAGUAAGUGAAGCCUCUCUCUCUCCUGUAACCCCACCCCAAUUGGCAUAAUUUGUCGUAGUCCCGAAAUUCCUGAAUCCAUUUGUCCUUACAUAAUACAUACUGUUGUUCUGUUAUGUUUCCUUACAGCUAUCCGCUAUGCAUUUGAGGCUGAAGCAGAUCGCAGGAAGCAAGGGCUGAUCUCUAGGGUCCUGUUUCUGAACAAGUCUCGCACUGACCAGGACUUCCAGUCCACCGGAACUCUGGACCUCCGGGGACAAAACAAAAGAGCGUGCACCAAGACAAAAAUCAGACUGCAGGUACAGUAUUUGGUCUUCAUUCUAACCUUCUUGAGAUUCUAGAAUAACACCUAGAAUGUGGGAAGGGAGAUGGUGUACUCAUCAUGGUUGUUUUCUCUGUCUGUAGGAUAACAUUAGGGACAAGCUGCGUGGUAUUCCCAUUGAGGUGUCAGUGGGCAUCAUGGGCACCAAGCGUCAGAAGAGGCAGAACGCUCUCCCCCAGCUUGUGCCUAUUCUUGACAACUCCCAGCCAAGCAAGGUCAUCACUGAGGUAACCAUACUGCUUCAGAGCUGAGAGAGGAUCUCCAUUGUGGCAUAUACUUCAUGAUGUCAUUGAAUGUCUCAGGGCGAUUAGAAUUCAGUCAAGUUUAGAAUGGACUUACUGUCAGAUGCAUUGAAAAUAAGCUUGAGUGUAUGUAUUGUGCUUCAUUACAGGUUAACUUCUUAAAGGAGGGAUGUGGAAAUGAUAAUAUUUGCCAGAGUAACUUACAACUGGAGUACAAAUUCUGCUCCAAAGAGCCCAACCAAGAGGUAUUCCCUCCAUUACAGAUGUAAGUAUGAACAAACAUUCUUAGUGCAUAUACAGUGAGGGAAAAAAGUAUUUCAUCCCCUGCUGAUUUUGUAUGUUUGCCCACUGACAAAGACAUGAUCAGUCUAUCAUUUUAAUGGUAGGUUUAUUUGAACAGUGAGAGACAGAAUAACAACAACAAAUUCCAGAAAGACAGGUGACUAUGGUCCCAGCUGCCUUGAGAUCAUUGACAAGAUCCUCCCGUGUAGUUCUGGGCUGAUUUCUCACCGUUCUCAUGAUCAUUGCAACUCCACGAGGUGAGAUCUUGCAUGGAGCCCCAGGCCGAGGGAGAUGUACAGUUAUUUUGUGUUUCUUCCAUUUGCGAAUAAUCGCACCAACUGUUGUCACCUUCUCACCAAGCUGCUUGGCGAUGGUCUUGUAGCCCAUUCCAGCCUUGUGUAGGUCUACAAUCUUGUCCCUGACAUCCUUGGAGAGCUCUUUGGUCUUGGCCAUGGUGGAGAGUUUGGAAUCUGAUUGAUUGAUUGCUUCUGUGGACAGGUGUCUUUUAUACAGGUAACAAGCUGAGAUUAGGAACACUCCCUUUAAGAAUGUGCUCCUAAUCUCAGCUCGUUACCUGUAUAAAAGACACCUUUUGUAGAAUAAUAGUGAAUACAUCAAAACUAUGAAAUAACACAUGGAAUCAUGUAGUAACCAUAAAAGUGUUAAACAAAUCAAUUAUAUUUGAGAUUCUUCAAAUAGCCACCCUUUGCCUUGAUGAUAGCUUUGCACACUCUUGCCAUUCUCUCAACCAGCUUCAUUAGGUAGUCACCUGGAAUGCAUUUCAAUGAACAGGUGUGUCUUCUUAAAAGUUAAUUUGUGGAAUCUUUUUCCUUCUUACUGCGUUUGAGCCAAUCAGUUGUGUUGUGACAAGGUAGGGGGGGUAUACAGAAGAUAUCCCUAUUUGGUAAAAACCAAGUCCAUAUUAUGGCAAGAACAGCUCAAAUAAGCAAAGAGAAACGACAGUCCGUCAUUACUUUGAAAGCUUCUUCAAGUGCAGUCGCAAAAACCAUCAAGCACUAUGAUGAAACUGGCUCUCAUGAGGACCGCCACAGGAAUGGAAGACCUGGAGUUACCUCUGCUGCAGAGGAUAAGUUCAUUAGAGUUACCAGCCUCAGAAAUUGCAGCCCAAAUAAAUGCUUCACAGAGUUCAAGUAACAGACACAUCUCAACAUCAACUGUUCAGAGGGGACUGUGUGAAUCAGGCCUUAAUGGUCGAAUUGCUGCAAAGAAACCACUACUAAAGGACACCAAUAAGAAGAAGAGACUUGCUUGGGCCAAGAAACACAAGCAAUGGACAUUAGACCGGUGGAAAUUUGUCCUUUGGUCUGGAGUCCAAAUUUGAGAUUUUUGGUUCAAACCACUGUGUCUUUGUGAGACGCGGUGUGGGUGAAUGGAUGAUCUCUGCAUGUGUAGUUCCCACCGUAAAGCAUGGAGGAGGUGGUGUUAUGGUGUGGGGGUGCUUUGCUGGUGACACUGUCUAUGAUUUAUUUAGAAUUCAAGGCACACUUAACCAGCAUGGCUACCACAGCAUUCUGCAGCGAUACGCCAUCCCAUCUGGUUUGGGCUUAGUGGGACUAUCAUUUGUUUUUCAACAGGACAAUGACCCAACACACCUCCAGGCUGUGUAAGGGCUAUUUUAGCAAUAAGGAGAGUGAUGGAGUGCUGCAUCAGAUGACCUGUCCUCCACAAUCCCCCCACCUCAACCCAAUUGAGAUGGUUUGGGAUGAUUCGGACAGCAGAGUGAAGGAAAAGCAGCCAACAAGUGCUCAGCAUAUGUGGGAACUCCUUCAAGACUGUUGGAAAAGCAUUCCAGGUGAAGCUGGUUGAGAGAAUGCCAAGAGUGUGCAAAACUGUCAUCAAGGCAAAGGGUGGCUAUUUGAAGAAUCUCAAAUAUAAAAUAUAUUUUGAUUUGUUUAACACUUUUUUUGGUUACUACAUGAUUCCAUAUGUGUUAUUUCAUAGUUUUGAUGUCUUCACUAUUAUUCUACAAUGUAAAAAAAAAUUAAAAAUAAAUAAAAGCCCUUGAAUGAGUCCAAACUUUUGACUGGUACUGUACAUUCUGGGACUUUCAUGCUAGAUUUGGAAAAGAAAACCAUGAAUCUAAGGAAGGUAUAAGGCAAUGCUUUGUUUUUGUUUUUAUCCAGGCAGAAUGGGCUACCAGUUAUCUCCCUCAGUGAUCAGAAGGACAUAGCUCUGGAGGUUACGGUGAAGAACAAAAAUGGGGAUGAUGCCCAUGAGGCUAAACUGGUGGGGAUGUUCCCCAACGCGCUCUCAUACUCCGGAUUUCGCUCGCAGAAAACUACGGUAAGUGGAGUGACUCAAGUUUAUUUCAGCAUACUCAGAUUUGCUAUCAGUCAAGUAAUAACAUUGUAAUGGGUUCUUGUUCUCCAGAGGGAUAAACCGGUGCUCUGUUUAGCCAAUCAGAAUGGCUCCCAGACAGAGUGUGAACUGGGGAAUCCAUUCAAAAGAGAUUCAGAGGUAGGCUAUGAAGUCGUUUUUCUUUACAGUAUUUGUCUUAUUCUGUCAUUGUGUGGCUCACUCAUGAUGAAUGUUUCCAGGUUACUUUCUACAUAAUCUUGAGCACUGCUGGUAUCUCUCUCAAUACUACAGAAAUCGACAUUGACCUUGAGCUUCAAACGUAAGUAGCACUAUAGUUUUCGCACAAACAUGACUGAUGACUGACUUGGUGGCCUUAUAAAAUACUUUUAUGGGUAAUUUCUCUUCUUUCAGGACCAGUACACAGGAAAAAAUGGGCAGAGUGAAAGCAAAGGCAAAAGUAGUGAUUGAGCUGUUACUUUCUGUUGCAGGGUAAGUAUUCAAACAUUUACACUUUUUGAUUUACUGCAUCAAUUAGAUUUGAAAGCUAUUGUGUGCAAUGUAGUCCUCUAAUAUGUGGUUUGUUUAUCAACAGAGUUGCGAGACCCUCCCAGGUGUAUUUUGGGGGCGAUGUGAAAGGAGAGAGUGCCAUCAAGACAGAAGAGGAGAUCGGCAGUUUGAUCGAUUAUGAAUUUAGGGUAAUUAUCAUUGUCUGCUUAUCUCACUGAGUUUCUCAAUAUCACUUGAUCUGAGGUUUGACCGUGAUGUUGAAAAUGUUAAUAUUAUACCUCCAGAUAAUCAAUUUGGGUAAGCCGUUGAAGUCCUUUGGCACAGCCUCGUUGAACAUCCAGUGGCCCAAAGAGAAUGUGGAUGGGAAAUGGCUGUUAUAUCUGGUUAAGAUCAGCACCACUGGCCUGGAAGAGAUCCCCUGCUCCCCAGAGACUGAGAUCAACCCUCUCAAACACAUUCAGGUAAUACUUUCCUACUGAAGUUUCACUGUACUUGAUGCAUUUGUGCAGAAGCAAAAUCGUCCAGAGAGGAAGUUUUAAAACACUUAAUGAAAUUCUAAUUUGAAACACUAACUUGUGAUAAUGGUUUUUUUAGGAGUUCAGCACAUCUAGGAAAAGGCGUGAAGCUGGAGGCAUAUGGAGGGAAAAUCUCUUUGUUAUCAGACCAAAGAAAGCACAAGAUUUUGGUAAACACACUUUCAUUUUCAUAAAAAAAAGAAAAAGAUCAAUAAUGACAGGUAGGUUGUCUGACAAAAAUAAUUUUCCUCUCAGAUGUGUGGCAAUGGCUACGACGCUAGAUGUGUGGUGAUCAAGUGCCCUCUACUGGGCUUGGACAGUAGUGCAAUGAUUUCUCUACGGUCCCGUCUGUGGAACGCUACCCUCCUUGAGGUGAGAAACAACAUGCCUGUUGCUAUUUGCUUUUCAAAAUAGUCCUAAAUAGCCGAUACUAUUGAUUUGGACAUUCUCUAACAUUGAAAACCUUUAUUUUGAAACAGAAUUACGCAUCUUUGAACUAUCUUGAUAUAAUUGUGAAAGCUUCCAUCAGCCUUGAUGCUCCUGCAAAGAAUAUGGUUCUCAGGAAUGCUGAGACUCAGGUGGGUGGCACAGAAAUGAUUGACAGCCGUUACCAUCCACUCACACAAUGACUCCUUCACUGAUCAAUAAAAUUAAGAAUUUCUAUGUAACAAAUCAAAAUAAACAUACUGUUUCUUCUUGUGCCCAUGCAGGUGAGAGUCACAGUGUUUCCAGAGAAGACCGUAGCCCAGUUUGGUGGAGUUCCAUGGUGGAUCAUCCUUGUGGCUGUCCUGGCUGGUAUUCUGAUGUUGGCGUUGCUAGUGUUUUUACUCUGGAAGGUAGGCAUGGUGUAGCUGCAACACAUUUACUAACAUAUUCACUGUAUUGUACUCUGAGCUAUUAGUAGACACAUGUGACAGUGAAUCAUUAUUCAUUAAGGUAGUAAUCCUAACAUACAGUGAUCAUAACGUAUCUUUCUGAUAAAAUUGAUUUUGUUCACACUUGCGGUGUUACAGUAUAUUUCCAUUCUCAUAUUGUUCCUAAUGAUUCAUCACCCUUGCUCUCCUUAAGUGUGGUUUCUUCAAGAGAGCCCCACAAGACCAGUAUGAUGCAGCGUAUCACAAGGCACAGAUCCAUAUUCAGCCCUCUGACAAAGAGAAACUCACUACUGAGGCUUAGUGCCUGAUCUCUGCACUCAGACCUGGGGUAAAACGGACAUUGCAGUCAGCAUGGAGUGUGGGCUUAACAAAGACUAACUCACUUUUGCUUUAAAGGAAAUGCUUACUUCCGAAGUUACUUCUGUACGUCUCAUGUGAAAUAAUUAUAAUGGACACAUACACUCCCAUACGUAUUUCAAAUCAAAUCAAAUGUAUUUAUAAAGCCCUUUUUACAUCAGCAGUGAAGCUAAAACCUUUAAUUUGGCUCUAUACUCCAUCAUUUUGGAUUUGAGAUCAAAUGUUUUAUAUGAAGCAACAGUACAGAAUGUCACCUUUUAUUAUAGGGUAUUUUCAUACAUAUCUGUUUUAGUGUUUAGAAAUAAAUGCACUUUAUGUAUCUAGUCCCCCCAUUUGAAGGUGUCAUAAGAAUUGGCGAAUUCACAUAUGUCCUCUGUAGCUCAGCUGGUAGAGCACGGCGCUUGUAACGCCAAGGUAGUGGGUUCGAUCCCCGGGACCACCCAUACACAAAAAAAAAAAUAUGUAUGCACGCAUGACUGUAAGUCGCUUUGGAUAAAAGUGUCUGCUAAAUGGCAUAUUAUAUUAUAUAUAUUAUUAUAUCAUAUAUUAAAUGUAGUCAGAAGUUUAGUAUUGGUCCCAUAUUCAUAGCAUGCAAUGACUACAUCAAGCUCGUGACUCUACAAACUUGUUGGAUGCAUUUGCAGUUUGUUUUGGUUGUGUUUCAGAUUAUGUUGUGGCCCAUAGAAAUUAAUGGUAAAUAAUGUAUUGUAUCAUUUUGGAGUCACAUUUAUUGUCAAUAAGAAUAGAAUAUGUUUCUAAACACUUCUACAUUAAUGUAAUCGUGAAUAAUGAUAAGUGAGAAAGUCACAGAUGCACAAAGAUCAUGCCCCCAAAACAAUUUUGUGAGAAAGUUACAGAUGCAUAAAUAUCACCCCCCCCAAAAAAAAAAUUUGGGGGGCAUGAUACUUAUGCGUCUGUAACUUUCUCACUAAAACUUUUGACUAAAUUGAAUACACUAUAAGUGAAUUUGUCCAAAUACUUAUGACACCUUCAAAUGGGGGGACUAGUUACAUAAAGUGCUUUUAUUUCUAAACGGUAAAACAGAUAUGAAUGGAAAUACCCUCAAAUAAAAGGUGACAAUCUGUACUGUCGCCUCAUAUAAAACAUUUGAUCUCAAAACCAUAAUGAAUGGAGUGUGGCACCAAAUUUAAAGUUUUAGUUUCACUGUCCAAAUAAAUACGUAUGGGAGUGCACAUGAACACUUGCAUUUGUACCAUAUCUGGUCAUUGGAAUCGAUCUAAUUUGAGUAUGUGCAAAGAGUAUGCGCUAUGCAGAUACAGUAUUUGUUCAUGUAUGUGUGUUUAAAUUUGGUCAGCAUUUAAUGUUUUUUUCCCCCCGAAUGAGCAGUUAUUACAUUUUCCUUAUUUUCAAACCUGUUAAACUUUUUGUUCCAGAAGUAAUUCUGGAACUAUUUCUUGUGUGCUAUGAACUUUCUUUAUUUUUCUAGGUUUCUGCUUUGCCCGCCUGGCUGUUUGGAAAUGCUAUUUUGAAUAUUACUCUUUCCAUGGGAAGCAUGCUCUUACACAAAACACUCUCUUUGCAUUGCCUCUGAUUUGCUUGAGCAUUAUAUUUUGCAAGUGUUGUAUUUAUAUGUUCAGGUUGAUACAAGUCUCAUUUAUAAUAAUGUAUAUUUUCUCUUGCCAGUGUGGAUUUUUCAAACGCUCAAAACAUGAUGACAACAUUCCAAGAUACCAUGCUGUACGGAUAAGGAAGGAGGCUUGUCAGUUUAAAGACGGAAAAGCCAAGCUGGAUUCUUUUGAGAAAAAGCAGUGGAUGACAAGCUGGAAUGAGAACGAGAGCUACUCAUGAGACACUUGACUGUUGGGAUACUGUCAGAGACAAGAAUCUCCUCUUUUUCUAAACAUCCAGAGUCACAAACCCAAUGAUCUUGUUUCUUUAUUUUGCACAGUCUAAACUCCAAUGACUGCAAUUGGGAAGCAAACUACAAAAGAUACCUUUUCUAUUCUCCCCAAGGACUCUCAGAUGAAAAUGUAUCCUGUGUCCUAUCUGAGGAAAAUGAGAAGCAACACAUCUUACAUUUGGGUAGAAAAAGGAAAUUGGGACUUUUAAAUCAAUUAUCUGCCACUGAUACAGUUUUUAAUAACAUGAUAAAUUGAGUUUCAAUCUCCAAUGUUUAGCUGUAGAUAAUCUUUCUGUUGUGUUUUUUUGCAGUCAGUUUUAUCCAAUCUCUGUAUUGUAUAAUCCCUGCAAUGUAUAGACUGGAACAUUCUAUAUGUUUUGUAUAUAUUUAAAUACUUUAGCACACUGUAUAUUUAUUUUUGUGAUUAUCUGUAUAAAAAAAACAGAAAUGCAUUGGCCAAAGACUUACAAAAAUCUAAAGUUACUUUUCAGUAGAAUAAGUAAGGGUAAAUGUUACUGCUGAUUUUCUAGUGCUGCACAGACUAAAAAGUAGCUA